AUGGAUCGCAGGCCCCGGGGUCAGCAUUGGCGCCGAGCUCGCCACAACUACAACGACCUGUGCCCGCCCAUCGGCCGCCGGGCAGCCACCGCGCUCCUCUGGCUCUCCUGCUCCAUCGCGCUCCUCCGCGCCCUCGCCACCUCCAACGCGCGUGCCCAGCAGCGCGCGGCCGCCCAGCGCCGGAGCUUCCUCAACGCCCAUCACCGCUCCGCCCAGGUGUUCCCCGAGUCCCCUGAGUCCGAGUCUGACCACGAGCACGAGGAGGGAGACCUGGAGCUGUCCCUCCCCGAGUGCCUAGAGUACGAGGAAGAGUUCGACUACGAGAGUGAGACCGAGACCGAGACGGAGACCGAGUCCGAGAUCGAGUCCGAGACCGACUUCGAGACCGAGCCCGAGACCGCGCCCGCCAGUGAGCCCGAGACCGAGCCCGAGGACGGGCGCAGCCCCCGUCGCGCCGCCUUCAACCAAUCCCUCACCGAGCGCCUGCACGCGCUCAAGUUGCAGAGCUCCGAGGCGGCCGCCAGCCCCGCGCAGCCCACCACUCAGGAGCCCCAGCGCCCCGGCGAGGGGGAGGAGCCCGAGGAGCGCGAUCCCCGGGACCCCGAGGAGUCUGAAGAGCGCAAGGAGAAGAAGCAGCAGCGCCGCUGCAAGCCAAGAAAGGCCACCCGCCGCGACCCCUCCCCCGAGUCCCCUUCCAAAAAGCCAUCCAUCCCCAUCCGGCGUCACUGA